AUGGAUGACAGCGUUCCCCUCUACCAUCUGCCCCUCUACGGCGGCCCGCUGCAGUCCCGCAGCAACACAGAGUCUUUUUCUCCUUUUCCCCGGGCCUUCACUUGCCCCACAUACAGCACAGACUCCCAGCAGCAGCAGCAGCAGCAGCAGCUGCAGCAGCAGCAGCAGCAGCAGCUGCAGCAGCAGCAGGGUGCUGCAGCUUACUUGGGCUACGCCUCGCUUGUUAAUGCAGCAACUAAAAGUCCCUACAGAGGCAGCGAAGAGGAAGUGGGGUUGCUGUCGGUUUUAUGUGUCGAUACACCUCAGCAAGACCCCCUUGCUUCUGUCUCUUUGUUAAACUCUAAAAAUGAAAAAAUAAUUAACAAAACCAAUAAAAGGAGACAGAGUGGAGCGAGGCUUUGCUGCGGCAUUUUGGACUAA